AUGGCAUUCCAACCCACCUUGACCACUGCCCUUCAGCCGCCUCCUGGCCCCGCGGCUCAGCUGGUCCUGCCCGACUCGUCCAGCACUCUUAUCAACCCCCCAGUUUUCAAUGAUGCGAUGAUUGUCCGCAUGCACGUCUUUGUGGACGAGCAGCACUGCUCUGCGGAUGCCGAAAUCGAUGCCGACGAUGCGCGGAGCUGGCAAUGGGUGGUCUACGAGUCCUCCCCGCCGACUUCGCCUCGCACGCCCGUCGCCGUGAUCCGCCUCGUUCCACCCCCGCAACCCCCGCACGCGCUCCUUACGCAUCCGUCCAAUCCGGCCUCGCAGACGCUGCCGGAAUUCGACUGGGCACAUGAGCCGUGCAUCAAACUGACCCGGGUCGCCGUCCGGGCCGACUAUCGGGGCCGCGGAUUGGGCCGGCAACUCGUAGAGACGGCGCUGGUAUGGGCGGCGGAGCAUUCGGCGGACAUAGACGAAGCCACGGCGCAACAGGCGGCACGCACCCAAUGGAGCGGACCAUCCGCCCAGUGGCGGGGGUUGGUGCUCGUGCAUGCGCAGGCUGAUGUGGAGCAGAUGUAUCACGGGCUGGGUUUCACGACGGACGAGUCCUUGGGCCGGUGGGAGGAGGAAGGGAUCGAGCAUGUAGGGAUGUUUCGGCGGGUGAAAUUACGGUGA